UUCUCGUCCGCGCGCUCUCUCUCUCUCAAACCCUAGCUCUUCUUCUCUCAUCAAAAUCCUCCGCCCUCUAAAACCCCAUGCUUCUGCCCUCCUAUCCCUUUGAAUUUACCGCUCUGCCACUUCUCUCCCAUCCAAAACACCUCCCCUUCUUCCUCCUUCGACAAAACCCUAAGCCCGGACGCAUCCUGACCGUCCACUGAUGGCAACCCCGAGCGUGUCUUCCGUCUACAUCCACGUCGUCGAGGACGUCAUCAGCAAGGUUCGCGAUGAGUUCCUCAGCGUCGGCGUGGGGGACAACGUCCUCAGCGAGUUGCAAGGGCUCUGGGAACUGAAAAUGAUGCAAUGUGGGGUGAUAAGCGGUCCAAUAGAUAGGUCGUCCCUGCCUAAGACUGCCACUGCGGGGCCCGCUGCGCCCGUUCAUGAUCUGAAUGUGCCGUAUGAAGGGACGGAGGAGUACGAAACUCCCACAGCUGAGAUGCUCUUUCCACCGACGCCUUUACAGACUCCCAUUCAGACUCCCUUGCCAGGAAUUGAGAAUUCCCUAUAUCAGCUUCCCAUGGGAUCUAAUGAUUUCACUCCUGUAAAUGAUACUAGUAGGGGUGGUGCAGAUGUUAAAGGUGGAAGGCCAAGCCCAUAUAUGCAACCACCUUCGCCUUGGAUGAAUCAAAGACCUCUUGGUGUUGAUGUUAAUGUAGCUUAUGUGGAGGGACGAGAGGAGGUGGACAGAGGAAGUUCUCAUCAACCCAUGACACAGGAUUUUUUCAUGAUGUCUUCUGGUAAGCGGAAACGAGAUGAUUAUGCUUCACGUUUUCCACCAGGUGGGUACAUACCACAGCAAGAUGGAGCUGGAGAUGCUAUAUUGGAGGUUUUCGAACUAGAGGUCAGUACAGCAAAAAGUUCAUCAAAUAGAUAUGGCGGAGUAACUGCAAAUGGUGACAUGCAAUCAGCGCAAGAAGCAAGGACUGCUCAGAGGAUUCCACAACAGGAUGGGGUUCAUGAUGGUUACGAUGAUUUUUUCAAUUUUCCAGGUGUUGCCAAUGAAGAGUUCAAUACCCCGGUCGACCAUGAUCUAAAUGCCGGUCACACUGUUGGCACACCAAAACCAGCUAAGAAUGAGGGUGCUGAUGAUGAUGAGCCACCACUGAAUGAAGAUGACGACGACGAUGAUUUGGAUGAUCUGGAACAAGGAGAGGAAGAGCCCAGCACCCACCAUUUGGUUCUGGCCCAGUUUGAUAAGGUCACACGGACCAAAAACAGAUGGAAGUGUGCACUUAAGGAUGGAAUAAUGCACAUCAACAGUAAGGAUAUUCUUUUCAAUAAGGCAAAUGGGGAGUUCGACUUUUAGCCUUUGACGGGUUCUGCCUCAGAAGAACUAAUCCCAGCCGAUGGGUUCCUGGAAGGAUUUGUUUCCUGAGGAUGUUGUCUGGUGAGAGUGGAAUUGGGAAUGGCCUAAGAGAGAUCUGUAUAGAGAAAAGCCCUUGUUGCCAACUGCUCCACUCCAUUUCGUUUCUGCAGAGAUUGUUUGUGUUUUUGUUCGUUUUGUAAAUUUUACUUUUGUGGUGAUAAUUACAGUAUGAUAUUUACUAAUGUCUGCUUUCAUAUUUCCCUCGGAAGAACCCCUUUGUACAUGUACAACUUUGAACGGGGAAACUGCAGCACCCUGACUCAAGAAGCCUUAUUUGAGCUUUUUAUAUGGGAUGCAUUUAAAUCA